AUGGUGGCCAAAGCACUGUCUCCAACGUCGUCCAAGGUGGCCAACGUCUCCUGGCUCGUCCAGGGUGCUGAGCGUCUCUUCCUUGCUCUCUUUGAGGAAAAGGGAGGUGUCAUCUUGCCUAAUCCUCUGCACAGGCUCAUUCGAGAAGUCUUUUACCUCAUGCACCAAUGUUUCCCUCUGCAAUUGAUGAAGGACCUCUUGAAGUCUUAUGCCUAUAAGUUGGCAGCGUGA